AUGGAGCUGGAGAUGGACUCGAGAGAGCUAUCCAUCCUUAAUCCCUCUCCUUUGAUCCUUGAGGGACCAAAGCUGCUUCACGAUCUAGUGACAGAGUCGAGCAACGAUAGCCUACUAGCUAUAGAUUAUCAUUGCAGCACCGGUGCUGGAUUUAGCGUCACCUAUCAUGAACUUCACUCUGCAGCGACCGCGCUGGCUACGCGCAUGCUCGAAAUCUUGCGGCCGCCAGGGUCGGUUGACUCCCGGGAACGGCUUGUUAUACCAAUUCUCAUCCCACAGUCGCCGGCGCUGUACGCCGGGCUCCUCGCCAUUUUGAAAAUCGGUGCUGCCUUUUGCCCGUUGAACGCCGAUAUUCCGAGAGAUCGUCUCAAAUUCAUAUUGAGUGAUGUCAAGGCUGAGCUCGUUCUAGUUGACUCUAAAUAUGUAACGAGAAUACCGGACGAUGAUGCUUACAGGAUCCUGCCGGUCGACCGAUCAUUGGACCUCCUAAUGUGCAACACGGGACAGCUGGUUCCCUACAGCUGCAGGGUACCUGAGCCUGACGACCUGGCGUAUGUCAUGUAUACAUCCGGCUCUACUGGGACGCCUAAAGGGGUUGCAAUAUCCCACCGUGCAGUGACGCAGAGCUUGCUUGCCCACGAUCGCCACAUUCCACGAUUCGCUCGCUUCCUCCAAUUCGCGGCGCCCACAUUCGACGUGUCUGUGUUUGAAAUAUUCUUUCCGUUGUUCCGCGGUAGCACUCUCGUGUGCAGGAGUCGCGCGGAUAUGCUAUCUGAUCUUCCCGGCGUUUUGAGAGAUUCGCGCGUAGAUGCGUGCGAAUUAACACCAUCCGUUGCCGGUAGUCUACUUAAGAAGAGGAGCAAUGCUCCCGAAUUGCGUCUCUUACUGACCAUCGGCGAGAUGCUUACCGAACCCGUCAUCCAGGAAUUUGGAGGUGACGAUGAUGGAGGUAGCCUGCUCUGGGGCAUGUAUGGCCCUACUGAAGCGACGAUUCAUUGCGCAGUCCAACCCUCAUUUUCCAAAAAGUCUAGCAAGAAUAACAUUGGAGUUCCUCUCGAUACCGUAUCGGCAUUCGUAAUAGAUAGCGAUACUCCAGAAUUCCGGGUGCUCCCCCUCGGCCAAGUCGGAGAGCUCGCAAUCGGCGGCGAUCAGGUAGCCAUUGGAUACAUUAAUAGACCCGAGCAGACUUCGGCCGCGUUCCUCGAUACGAGUUGGGGUCGAGUGUACAGGACUGGAGACAAGGCUAGAAUAUUGCCGGAUGGCACAAUAGAGUGUCUUGGCAGGAUUGCUGGCGGCCAGGUCAAGUUGAACGGGCAAAGAAUCGAGCUCGGGGAGGUCGAGCAUGCCCUCUUGCGCACGCCGGGAUGUCAUGGAGCUCUUGCUGUUGUGAUCUCAAACGUUUUGGUGGCCUUUGCGGCGGUUGAAGACGACGCGAGAUCAACAGGGAUGCGGGCGGCAAUUCUUUCCCAAUGUAGAUCUUGGCUACCAGCCUUCAUGAUCCCUGCUGAUUUGAAGAUCGUGGAACAUUUUCCUCGGUUGCCUUCGGGCAAGAUCGAUAAGAGAUCCCUAAUCGAACAAUACGAAACUUCGACUCCUCACGAUUCCGAAGCGGAGGAAGCAUUCGAAGAUGAAUUGGAGCGUCAACUCUGCGAGACCGCCGAGGUCAUUCUCGGACGGCGCGUCACUCCGUCGACGUACCUACCCUCGUUAGGAAUGGAUUCCUUAGCGGCUAUCGAAUAUGCAUCAACUAUUCAGGCCGGUGGAAUUACCAUCAACCCUAUCAACAUUUUAGAUGUGACGACUGUGCGGGAGCUUAUUCGCGUCAUCGAAGACCGGCAUGGCGGGGUACACUCGCCGAGCUCGACCGAAUCUCCCCUCGACCGGCAUGAUCAGGCUUGCUUUGCGGAUCUGUUAGCAUCUGAAACGGCGACGCAGCUACGUCCUGAGAAUGUCGAACGUGUAGAGCCGUGCAGUCCUCUUCAGGAGGCGAUGGUCGCGGAAACCCUAAAGGACGCGAAGCUAUAUAUAAAUCAGACCGAACUCCGGUUUCCCAAUCACCUUACGGUCGAAUCGAUAGAGUCGUGGUUCGUCGUUCUCGCUCGACGUAAUGAAAUUCUACGGACCGGAUUCACAUAUCUCAAUGACAAAUUAUAUCAAGUAAUUUGGAAGCAACUCGAACAUAGCCAGAUUGAAGUCCUCGACCGUAUAUAUUCUUUUGAAUGCGCCGACGUUGAGCAUUUCCUCCGUCGCCCAUUCAAAAUUAACAUCAUACCCAGCCGCGCACCGGCGACGUACCACACCGUUGUGAUGACCCUUCAUCAUUCAAUAUAUGAUGGAUGGACAAUAGAUCUACUAAUUGAAGAUCUUUCUCUUUUAGCACGAGGCGAGCCGCCAGUAGAUAGGCCUCAGUUCGGGCGGAUAUGCCAGCAUCUAGCUGCCCCCUUGAGGAAUGAGAUUGACGCAAAAGAAUUUUGGGCGGGAAAGCUUCGCGGCUAUGCUCCUACGCCGCUACCUAACUUUAAAACUUCGGCCGCGCGAGAGCCCCAGAUUAUGACGGCGCGCAAGGAGAUUAAGGUCGAUCCCGUAUUAGUUAGAGACUCUGCGCUUGGAGCAUCUGUCGGGUCCCAGGUCAUAUUCCAGGCUUGUUUAUCCUGGCUCUGGGGGGCAAUCAAUGGCGUCGGCGACACCAUAAUAGGAUCUGUAUCAUCCGGUCGGACUCUUCCUAUUGCCGGUGUUGAAAAGAUAAUGGGGCCGUGUAUGACAACCCUCCCCGUAAGAACAAUCUUAAGCGAAUAUACUACAGUUAUCGAGCUUCUCCAGGGCAUUCACAUGUUCAAUCGGGAAACGCUCAGAUAUGGCGGUCUUUCUCUUUCGGAUAUUAAACGAGCUGCUGGAAUCCCUCCUGCUCAAAAGCUCUUCGACGUUAUCUUCGCCUACCAGGAAACUCUUGCUAGUCGCAAACGGAUCGACAGCAUUAUCCACGAAGCUUGGCACAAGGACGUGGUAGAAACAAAACUUCUCGUCGAAAUAACUCCCUCUGACAGUAGCUUCUCGUGCCAAUUGACAUGGCAUUCGGACGCCUUCUCGCAUCCCCAAGUCGACGUCUUAUUUAGACACCUCGAUUCUUUGGUUCGCUAUUUUAUUCCGAAUAGAGACCGACCGCUUAGUAGUGUCUUGCGAUGCUUUCCGGUUGAUGACCUAUCCCGUCACAACGAGAUUCCGAAGAUUCUUCCAAUAUCCUCGAGCUUAUCCGAGCUUGUAGAGGAGGUAACACUGAAGUAUCCAACUAACGACGCCCUAUGCUUCGCGUCAUUGAUCGGCGCUUCUAAUAUACAGGCACAUACCUUAACCUACGGGGAAUUGAAUUCGAGAGCGAAUCAGAUAGCGAACUAUCUACGGCGAUCCGGUAUUGUGCCAGGAAGGAUAAUUGCGUUAGUUAUGGACAAAUCGCCGCUGCUGUACUGCGCUAUUCUCGGGAUACUCAAAACUGGCUGCGCGUAUCUCCCCGUCCUUCCCAGUACCCCUUCGCAGAGGAUACAACUGAUUUUUGAGCAGGCCCAACCUCAAAUUUGCCUCGUCGACGAAUCCUUCCCACGGCAGAUUGCUGAAGCAUUUUAUUGCCCCGUCGCUAAUAUGUCGCGCGUGAUGCUCUCUGAAUAUCACGACUGUAACAUUGAAAUUCCUACGGGUCGGAACGAUCUCGCCUAUGUAAUUUACACUAGUGGAACCACCGGGACCCCGAAGGGUGUCUCGGUUACUAACGCAAACAUUCUAAGCAAUAUUGAAGCACUAUCUCGCAUCUACCCUCACGAGCCCUCGGACCGAAUGCUGCAGGCUUGUUCUCAAGCAUUCGAUGUAUCCGUAUUCGAGAUAUUCUUCUCCUGGGGUAACGGCAUGUGCCUAUGUUCGGCUACUAACGACGUCUUGUUUGAAGAUAUCGAAAGCUCUGUGCGGGCACUAAGAGUAACUCACCUCAGUAUGACCGUCACCGUUGCUUCGCUUCUAGAACCUAGUCGGCUGCCCAAUGUUAAAAUGCUCGUUACAUCAGGUGAGCCGAUGACUGAUGCAGUGCUAGAAACCUGGGCACGGCAGCUAUGGCAAGGCUACGGCCCCUCGGAGACGACUAAUAUAUGUACCGUUAGGAAGGUAUCUCGAGGUGAUUCGUCGCCAUACUUAGGGUGGCCUCUCGAAAACACCUCAGCCUUUGUUUUCUCUCAAGAUGCUCCAGAGCUGAUGCCCCUGGGUUGUGUUGGCGAAUUAUGUUUCGGGGGCGACCAGGUCGCUGCGGGCUACCUUAACAUGCCUGAACUGACCUCGACUAAGUUCUUCCAUCAUCGUGAGUAUGGCCGCUUAUAUCGAUCCGGAGACCUCGGUCGUAUGCUGCCCGAUGGCUCUUUAAUUAUCCUGGGGAGGAUCGACACUCAAGUGAAACUCCGAGGACUGAGGAUCGAGCUUCAGGAGAUCCAAGCGAUUGUUCUGAGGGAUAGACUUGCCAAGGCCUGCACGAGUGUGCUUGCUACAAUCGGGGGUGCUUCUACAGAGCAGCUAGUUUUGUUCUACGUUCCUACUAGUUAUGAACGCCCGGGCUUUAGCAUAUUGCCCAUUACAGAUCCGAUAAGAAAGUCGAUGGUCAUGAUACAGCAGACGCUGCGGGAUGCUCUGCCAAAUUACAUGGUGCCGUCUUUCGUUAUUCCAAUAUCUACUCUACCGUUGACAUCAUCUGGGAAAGUCGAUCAUGACUCGCUGCGUUCUUCCGCUAGCGACCUCUCGGGCGUAAUAUUAAACUUAUGCAGCACCAUGCAAAGUGUCGUUGAAGAUUCCCUCGAAUGGACCGAGAUCGAGGUUUUGCUGGCAGGAGUUAUUUCAGAGACGCUGCGCGUCGAUAAGAAGGUAAUCAACCGAUGGGGUUCUUUUGCUGCCCUCGGAAUAGACUCGAUCUCCGCGAUGCCUCUAGCGCGGAGGCUCCAAACAAUCCUAGGGAAACGAAUUCCUCUAUCCCUUAUUCUAUCAAAUCCUAGCGUCGGACGACUUGCUUUAGCCAUCGCCGAGGACACAUAUACAACAACAGUCCAGCCCAAUGGAAAGACAGUCGCUCUGCCUCAGCCGCUGGCGGAAGCCGUUCGGAGACGCUUUGAUGACCGGGGAGAGGGGUGCGUGGAGAAUAUUCUUCCGUGUACCCCUUUACAAGAAGCUAUGCUUUCGUCUUCUCGAACGUCUUCUGGUGGGUCUUCUUACUGCAAUCAGAUGAUAUUCCGACUUUGCCUGCCCUCGCAGACUAUGAAGAAACACUGGGACGUGAUGUUUAAACGCCAUGGAAUCCUGCGGACGUGUUUUGUAACGACUGAGGAUGCCCGUCAUCCAAUGGUCCAAGUGGUUUUGACGUCUCACAUUCCUACGUGGGAGACUGUCAAGGCAGACAGGGCUAAUUUCCAGGAUCUGAUAUCCCGGCAUAGAAGCUCCCUUCCUUGUGCGCUUGACAAUGGUGAGCCUCCAGUAUCCCUCUCCUUUUUCCAACUUGAAAACUCCAUAGAAUAUCUGUCAUUUAUUUGCCAUCAUGCCGUCUAUGAUGGUGUCUCGAUGAAGCAACUCCUUGCGGAAAUCGAGGCGGUAUCACGGCACGAGCAGUUACCGGCUGUUCUACCUUUUGAAUCAUUCCUUCAGGAAACGCUUCCUCUACAUCCCAAAGCGGAUAGUUUCUGGGAAGAGCACUUACGUUCAUUUUCUCCAUCUCGCUUUGGCAAGUUAACCUCUGUUAACCAUCCCGACUCGUAUGUAAUAUCGGGAAAUGUAUCACGUCGUCCAUAUUCCUCCGUUGCGGCUCGUGCACAGGAACUAGGUGUUUCAUUAUUACCAUUAUGCCAGACGGCUUGGGCUAUUACGCUCUCUCUCUUGCAAGAUAAUCGUGAUGUCUGUUUUGGAAACGUUGUGAGCGGUCGCUCUAUCGCCAUAGACCAAAUCGAUACCCUUGUAGCGCCAUGCUUCAAUACUGUUCCUGUUAGGAUAAAUAUUUCCAAUUUCAAGUUUGCUCAUCAAGUCAUGAACAAAUUUCAACGGCUCAAUAUCGAAAUGAUACCAUAUCAGUUCACUAGUUUACGACAUAUCCAAACGCGACUCCAGUUACCAUAUCUUUUCGAUACCGUGCUCAUUGUCCAACCGCAGGGUUACUCUUUAGAUGGGACGGUCUGGUCACUGGAACAAGAACACGGCGCCAUGGAUGUGCCUCUUGUGUGCGAGAUCACCCCUUGGCAGGAACGAAAUAUCCUUACUAUGCAACUACACACAAAUCUUUCAAUCUUCUCACGUCAUAUUUCAUCACUUAUACUAGAUAUCUUCCAGGAUGUUUUUGAAGCCUGUCUAGAACGCCCAUCGUCGCAUAUGCCAACCACUUCCAACUUGCCAGCCGAACGGCAGAAUCAUAUUUCCAGUUUGACAGUAUCGCGGGAACUAGCAAGAACGGAUACAGAUCUCGUGGCACCGGAUAAAUAUGAGAUCGACGAAUCCUGGAGUAGAACUGAAUCGAUUGUUCGUUCGGUGCUAUCCAGACUAGUAAAUAUCCCGGAGGAGAGGAUUGGACGGCACGUCUCGCUAUAUCGCUUUGGCCUAGACAGUAUUGGCGCGGUUCAACUAGCAACUCUUCUUCGUCGAGAGUCAUGCGUCAUAUCUGCAGUAGACGUAAUUGAGAAUCCGACCUGCGCAGGCAUCGCCUCUCGCCUGACGACCCCCGAUUGCGAAAAAGCGCGUUUCGUCUAUGGCUUCAGCAGCUUUCAGGAUACCGUCAGUAGGUAUUUAGAUAGAAAUCCCAAAUCACCCAAAGAUUAUGAAGCAUUGCUGCCAUGUACCCCGACACAACAGGGUAUGAUAUCCCAGUUCCUUAACUCAGAUGGAGCGCACUACUUCAACUACAUAGCCUGGGUGCUGCGAGCCGGAGUUGAUUCUCAGCAAAUCGCUGAGGCGUGGGUACGGCUUACGGCUCACUGCCAGAUAUUACGGACUGGGUUCACACCGGUUGAUCACAAGGACACCUCCUACGCGAUGGUAAUUUACCCCGUGGCUGGCUUCUCCGCUCCGGUGUCGAUUCGACAAUCUAGCUCCUUCGAUCGUUCAGAAUGGCGUGCAGGUGCCGCCUUAAAGGUUCUCGAAAACCUUUCGAUACCGCCCUGGCAAGUCGUCAUCGUAGACGACGGAUCCGGUCAAUCGACUAUGCAUCUUGCUAUGCAUCACGCAUUGUAUGACGCAAAUUCACUACGAUACUUACUUGGCCGAUUGGCUGAAGCGCUGUCGGGUGUCACGAGCGGAGGUUCUCCUUCAAUCCAUUCAGCUCUAUCUGCUUGCCUCGAUCCCGCACAUUCUAAAUCGAUCUCGGAAGCAUUUUGGAGAGCGAAAGCCGCCGACCUCGUUGUUAGCAAGUUCCCGGCGAUGACGCCACUUCAUAUUUCUAACCGCACUUCAUUAACCGUAUCUAUGACAAGCGAUGUGUCUUCUGAUAGUCUUCGUCGCAUGUCUUCCCAGGCAGACGUUACGGUCAGGGCCGCGCUACAGGCAGCUUGGACCCGGGUGCUUUCUUCCUAUCUUGGGGAGACGUCUGUUACGUUUGGAAUUGUUCUUGAUGGACGUUCCACGCAGGAAGAACGAGAUGUAAUAUUCCCAAUGGUAACAACUUUGCCUGUUCUCGCGCGCAACUCUAACUCCAAUGCCGAGCUUCUCGAAGACAUGAUGCGGUACAAUACAAGUCUACGUCGGUAUGAGCGUACGCCCCUUUCUAAAGUGCAGCGGUGGCUCGGCCGACCUGGUAGCCAACUAUUUGAUACUAUAAUAGCGUAUCAAACCGCGGAUAAAAUCGAAAUUGAGCAUCCGUGGGAGAUAUUGGAGGAGGCCGCAUCAGUUGAAUAUGCGGUUGCGCUUGAAGUCGUUGAGACGACUUCGGGGAUACUUCAACUGUAUCUGACGCACCAAGCAGAUAUCCUGCCAACCGAACAAGCGCGUCUUCUCCUGCGGCAGUUCGAUGCCUUACUCGCGGACCUUCUCACAUUCCCUCGUGGUCAUUCCGAUAAGCUUUCUCGCCUCACACCUGAAAUAUUCUCUAUUCUUCCGGCGGAUAGCCAGCAGAUUCCGCCUCCUGCAGACCUUCUACACCAGCUUGUUGAAAAUUCUGCUCAGCGCAUACCAACAUCCACUGCUCUUGAGUUUGUUAGGGAGCUGGGAAACCCGGUCUACAUCAGGCGUUGGACCUAUCGCGAGUUGGACGAGAUGGGAAAUCGGGUCGCUAAUAUGCUAUCACAUCACAAUACGCCACCAGGUAGCAUUAUCGCAACAUGUUUCAACAAGUGCCCGGAGGCCUACUUCUCAAUCCUUGGGAUUCUGAAGGCAGGAUGCGCAUUUCUGUCUCUUGAUCCCGGCGCCCCAGUAUCGCGGCUCGAAUUCAUCUUGAGCGAUUCCGCGGCCUCUUGUUUACUUAUCGAAUCGUGUUUGGGUGAUAGCUUGGAUUUAAAUAUAACAGUUCCAAUUUAUACGGUUAUGGAGCGUGAACUCUUAAAUUUUCCAGCGACCCUAAAGCCUGCUCGAAGAUCCCCAUCAGAUCCGUGUUAUUGUCUUUACACAAGCGGUACGACAGGUACUCCGAAAGGUUGUCUUAUAAGUCACGAUAAUGCCGUCCAGGCCAUGCUUGCUUUUGAGCAACUUUUUUCUGGUCACUGGGACGUACAUUCUAGAUGGCUACAGUUUGCUUCGUUCCAUUUCGACGUAUCUGUCUUGGAACAGUAUUGGUCCUGGUUUGUAGGUAUCACUGUUGUUGCGGCGCCCAAGGACCUGAUACUUGCAGACAUAACCGCCACGAUAUCAAGUCUAGACAUUACCCAUAUCGACCUAACGCCGAGUCUAGCGAAGCUUAUUCAUCCUGACGAAGCGCCAAGCCUAUGUAGAGGCAUUUUUAUUACCGGAGGCGAGCAACUUCGGCAAGAGAUAUUGCAAGCGUGGGGACCGAAGGGGGUUAUUUAUAAUGCUUAUGGCCCCACGGAGGCCACUAUUGGUGUUACGAUGUUCCAGAGGGUUCCUGCUAAUGGUAAACCGUCUAAUAUUGGGCAUCAGUUUCCAAACGUGGGUACUUACGUAUUAGAGCCCGGUACCGAAAUCCCGGUACUUAAGGGCGGCGUCGGAGAGCUGUGCGUGUCUGGGAGGCUUGUCGGCCUGGGGUACCUAAACCGGAAAGAUCUCACCGAGGAGCGUUUCCCGGUGCUUGAGCGAUACGGCGAACGUGUAUAUCGUACGGGCGAUUUGGUGCGCGUGCUUCAUGAUAGCUCAUUUGACUUCUUAGGCCGUGCCGACGACCAGGUUAAGCUGCGCGGCCAGAGGCUCGAAAUUGGCGAAAUCAACCAUGCCAUUAAGUCCGGUCUCCCUAAUCAAGUGACGGAUGUAUUCACCUUAGUUACAAGAUAUAUGGGGCAAGACAGAGAUCUCCUUGUUUCGUUUCUAGCCUCCGACGUGGGCUCGCGUCGCCCUACCGAUUUGCAAAUCGCUUCUGAUCAGAUAUCACUGAACUUGUCUCGCUCAGCGCUCGAGGCUUGCAGAGACCGCCUUCCUGGAUACAUGGUUCCCACUUACGUUUUUUGCGUGCCCUUCAUCCCUCUGUCGGCAAAUAAUAAAGUAGAUACGAAACGUCUGAAACAACUCUUCGCAGAGCUACCCCAUGAUCACUUGCGGGAUGGUACGACGGGCUCAACCAGCACUGAGAGGGCACUUAAUGAAAAGGAACGAUUGAUAGCGUUAGCUAUCUCAACUAUAACAGAGGUCAAAGAUACCGAGAUCCACCCAUCGUCUUCGAUAUUUGAACUCGGCAUCGACUCGAUUAACGUUGCGCGGCUAGCUAUCGCUCUUCAAUCCCGGGGAUUCACCCUCGCAGCUCCUUCGCUCAUUUUACGACAUCCUCAACUAAGUCAUCUCUCCCAAGCCCUCACCCAAGCGACCCCUAUGACUCUCAACAGACAAACUCUUCAAAUCAAGCAGUCCAUUCGCGCUCAAUACCAUAGGAAUAUUGGUGCAGUGUGUAGGACUUUAAAUAUCGAUCAACCAGACGUGGAAUACAUCGCGCCAUGCACUCCCCUUCAAGAGGGAAUGAUUACUAGAUCAAAGGCCUCUGAGAUUCAAUCGGCAUAUUUUAGUCAGUUUCAGAUCUACCUCGAUACUACGGUGUCGGUGAGUCGCCUAAGAAAUUGUUGGGAUAGCGUAUUUGUCGAAUAUGCCGUUCUAAGGACGACGUUCUUCCCUACUUCAGAUGGGUAUAUCCAAGUCGCAACCAAGAAAACGGCUGUGCCCUGGUUUGAGGUUAAUCCAGAAGAAAAGGAUAUCGCAGUUCUCAUGUCAGAACGUCGAGACCGCUGGAUUGCGUCGAAUCAGGAUAUUCUUGGCAAUCCUAUAGAGAUCGACUACCUCAAGCAUCACGGAAAGCAAAUGCUCCUCCUUCGGCUGUUCCAUGCCGUCUACGACGGCCGUAGCUUUGAACUCCUGCUCCGAAGGGUGAACGAAAAAUACUUCCAAAUACCACCCGUACGUAGCCCUACGUUCUUUGAGGUAUUGCCCUACGGGCCGCUCUUGAAGCAUAUUGAAUCGAGACCUUUCUGGGAAAAUAUGUUUAAGGAGAGUUCAUUUCAACCAAUGCCGGCUAUUACAGUUCAGUCCGGGGCACUUGACGUCUUAUUAUCUCGAGUGGUCAGUAUAAGCGGAUUGGAAACCCAGCGGUUAGCGCUCGGCGUAACACACCAAACCGUAGUCCUGUCCGCUUGGUUAGUUGCAUUACACCAACAUCUCGGGUUUGUGCCUACUGUUGGCAUUGUCUUCUCUGGGAGGUCCCUAGUUUUUGAAGGCAUAGAAGACGUAAUUGGGCCCGUCUUCAACACGUUGCCAUUCCGGGUAGACCUUACUAAUCACGACAAUUGGAUUUCACUCGUACAAGAAGUCCAGGAGUACAGUACUUGUAUGCUAGAGUAUGUGCAUACGCCACUUCGAGAUGUACAAAAGUGGUGCUCGAAGGGAAAACCAUUAUUUGACAUCCUCUUGACGUUUGACCGGGAGGACGUCCUCCCAACAGCAGAACCUAGAUCAUCAUUCUGGUCAUCGGUACAGUCGACUGGAAUCCCCGACUACCCACUGGCGCUCGAGGUAGUCUUAUCACGAGACCAAUCCCUGCGAACCAGUAUCGUCGCUCAGAAGAAUAUUGCUACAGAAGCUGCUAUUAGUUUCUUACUAGACGAAUUCAGCCAAGCUCUCAUAGCCUUCGCCAAUUCAGAAAGUGAUAUGCCGCUUCCGAGUGGUCCCAUGGCGUCCGGUGGGUCGGGCACCGUAUCGCAAAGUUCAUACUUGGUAAAGUCAAAUCUUUCGACUACGGAAAUAAAUGGAUCCAAAAUCUUCAACAACAUCAGAACCCGGGAAGCUCGGCACGAAGUGGCCUCCUUGGCUGGAUUGCCAGACGAAGAAGUCCAAGAAAACACAAGGUUCCUUGAGCUUGGUUUGGAUAGUAUUGACGGCAUUAAGCUCGCUGCGAGGCUCAAGAAAAUUGGCAUUCGAAUUACAAUCAGCGAGCUAAUGAAAAACCCCACCUUCAAGAGCAUCGCCAAUUCCCAUAUUACCACAGACACGAGCGGCGAUGACAAUCACAAGGAAACCAUUAGCCUAAGCAGCUCGAGCGCCUUCUUGAGGGGAUGCUUAGUACAGGAUCUAAAAGAUCUUCAUAAUGUCACGGCCAUUCUACCGCCAACGCCAUUGCAAGAUUUCAUGGUAGUGGACAUGCUGCUAUCUGACUUCAGACGAUAUUUCAAUCACGACGUACUAGAGAUUUCGCAAAACACAGAUAUCAACCGACUAAAGUCGGCCUGGACUACAGUAUAUGCCAACUCCCCAAUUUUACGAACGACGUUUUCAGCGAUCGACAGCCCAAACAGUAAAGCCGCGUUCUGUCAAAUUGUCCGAGACCAACCCUUCGAAUUUAAGCCGACAGUGGAGCUUUCCGGUUUAGACGAUAUCUCGAAAGUAAUUGACCGGGCCCGGAACAGAGCAGCAGCAGCCAAUGGAACGUCAGAUCUAUUUCAGCUAGCCCUCGUAAAUACUCCAAAUGGUCGCUAUCUCGUCCUCUCAAUCGCCCAUGCCCUAUACGACGGGUGGUCAGUCGAAUUACUCCACAGAGACGUGCAAGCAGCGUACGAUGGUCACUAUCACGCGCGAAGCGCAUAUGAGCCGUAUCUUGCUCAUCUACUCUUUAGCUCCUCGACCGCGGGUGAGAGCUUUUGGGCCGACUACCUAAUGGAGGCUCGUCCAACUAUCCUCCGUCCUAUUGUAAAUCUGCCCAGCAGCCAUACGCCAACAAUACAUCGAUCGGAAUUGCUAUCUGCACUAGACCCUCGAGGCGUGACGGCGCUAUGUAAAAGGUACCACGUCACGCCACAGGUCCUAGCUCAAGGAUGUUGGGCGCCGGUACUCGCUUCGAUGUCAAAGUCCCUCGACGUUAUUUUUGGUGUAGUAUUAUCAGGAAGAGACACGGACGAAGCUCGAAACUUGCUAUUCCCUACCAUGAAUACUGUGCCUCUAAGGGUCAUACUCCAUGGGACAAUGACGGAGUAUUUCGACUACUUACAGGCUAGCAUGUCAGACAUCCUGGAAUUCCAACACUUCCCACUUCGAGAGGUGCAGAAAAUAUCCAAAUUCAAGGGGGAGAAUAUCUUCAAUACACUCUUCCUCUUGCAAAAUAUUGGGGAUCACACGGUCGGAUCGGAUAGCGCCAUUCUACGAUCAGUCCAUGCAUCGUCCGCUGUGGAUUAUCCCGUAUGCGUUGAAAUGGAGAUCACUAGGAAGUCAGUCGUGUGGCGCAUAGCCGGUGACGAGCGUUAUAUAUCCCUAGAGGAUGCGAAUCGAAUUCUAGCCAAUAUUGAACGUGUUCUAGGGUAUUUUACCGGGGAUUAUGCAGGUAUCCUCGAAUUUGACAUGUCAGAUAAGGUAUCCGUUUGUGGGUUAGAGCCGUUCGAACCGAACAGCAAUACCACUGACGGAGUAAAAACAACUUUGGGCGACGAAGCAUCACGAGAAAUAAAUUUCGCGCACUUGGAAUCGCCUGUAUUGGAAGUCUUGUCCGAGCUGUCGGGGAUAGACAAGCAUAUUAUUAACCCUAAUCAUUCCAUAUAUUACCUGGGUCUGGAUUCUAUCAGCGCUAUCAAAGCAUCAUCUAUGAUCCGAAAACGGGGGCUAGACGUUUCUGUCCGUGACAUACUCGAAGCAACAUCUAUACGCGAAAUAAUAGAUCAGGUAGCAAGUCACGACAAGCAGUCAAAAGCUCGCCUUACGGAUUCGCCGUCGCGACUCGACUCGAUACUUAAACAAGCUGAAAUAGAUUCUCUCCUCAAGGAUGCCGGGUUAGAUGAAGCUGAUGUAGAAGCUGUUCUGCCAGCUCUACCCAUGCAAGUGCACAUGCUAAGCACCUGGCAAAACACAAACGGACUUCUCUUCUUCCCGCGAUUUACUUUCCAGCUUCGUGGAAACACCAGCCACGAAGCGAUCUCGAAAGCAUGGUCUAUGCUUAUAUCUGAGACUCUGGCGUUCCGAACACACUUUGCCGCGACCAAAUCCACCGAGAUCCCCUUCGUCCAAAUCAUUACGAAAUCAAUGUCGAUAGAUUAUUCCAAGCACAACCCGCCGGAUAUCGUACAAGGUCGCCAGGUCUACGAGGAGUCCGUGACGCCCUUCUUAUAUAUCCGCGUUGAGAAUUUAAGCCUAGAAAACCACCUUGUUCAUCUACAGAUUCAUCAUGCCCUAUACGAUGCCAUCAGCCUGCCAAUUUUAAUGAGCCGUUUCUUAGAGAUAUGCGAGAAUAGCCUGACACCGACCCUGAGCGCUUAUCAACCUAGGUGGUCUGAGUUCGUGUUGAGUCACUAUUCCCCUACUAUACAGCAGCGAAGACAAAAGUUCUGGAUUUCAUAUCUUCGAGGAAUAGCCCCAACGCGCAUGCUGCCUCUGCAAAACACUUCAGCAGAUAUUCAGAAGACUGGGGUAAUAUCACUGUUUAGGCGCAAUGCGAUAAACAACGUGUCGAGAGUUAAAAUGGUAGGUUCAGCCCACGGGGUAACGCUGCAGGCGCUCUUUUUCGCAGCCUACUCAAAGGCUUUAGCAGCUAUACGGCAGUCCGACGAACCAGGCGAACAUAAUAGAGACGUUGUUUUUGGAGUUUAUCUCGCAAAUAGAACAAGCUUUACUGGCAUUGAAGAAGCGCCAUUUCCGACGUUGAGCAUCGUACCUCUUCUCGUCAGAAACCCGUUGACCCAGUCAGUCCUUAAUUUAGCUAUUGAGAUUCAAAAAGAUAUUCUUGAAAUCAGUAGCUUUGAGAAUGCUAGCGUGAGCUUGUGGGAGAUUUACGUUUGGACGGGGAUACGGAUUGAGAGUUCUGUCAACUUCCUCGCUUCCCCCAUGAAUCCAAGCACCGCAUACACGACGCGCAGUGUUACGAUGACCGAAAUAUCUGAUAAUCCGAUAUCAAACCCCGAUAGUGACGGCUCAUCGUGGAGCGCUCCACGACCAAAUGGGCGCUUUACAUCACAAAACGAAGCGAUGGAGGUGUAUAUGCAUACACUGGAUGUCGAAGUGGCCAUACGUGAGGGUAAUAUGGAUAUUGGCAUAUUCAACUCUCCCUUUCUCUCGGAGUCCCAAUCCCAAAACAUAAUUGGGGACAUUACUACCAUAUUAGAGGCUAUACAUUAG